CCACACUCGCUCCCGAGGUGAACCCUAAGUUGCACAGGAAUUUGCAUCGUGUCAGAAUAGAAAUAUGGUAUCCCCAAGCGCCAUUCAGGUCGCCAUCAAGACGCGUCGCACAUCGGUUCAUUUCACGGCAUCCCUUGCGUCAACCUUACAAGAUCUCAAGCACGAGACACUCUCAGCUUUAUCUCAGUUCAGUACUCUGGAGGAUAAUCUUCCCUCGAUUACAUCCAUUGAUGACUUCGAGCUCCAUCGGAAAGAAGUUCAACCGGGUCCGCGAGGCGUGCCACCUACCGUGCGAUACGUUCCAUUAGAAGACGAUAAAACAGUGAAGCAGUUGGGGCUUUCAAACUGGGAAGUAUUAUAUGUGCGGUAUAAGGAUGAAUCAGGUUCGCCUUUGUGCUUCGUGACAGACUUCGAGCUCGUGCCAUUCAUUCCCCGCUCAACAAAUAUGUCCCUCUUAGAUAUCGAUGUCACAGAGGCACUCCUGGAAGAUGAAGAGGAAGAUUCGGGUCGAGGCUCGCAGUCGAAAACAGCCGGAAACGAGAAUAUCACCCUAUAGAGCACCCCACCCCGGACGCGUGUCGGGUAUUGUGCAAAUGACCAGUAAAUCGCAAACGCCAGAUACUGUUCGUUUUGAAGCUCUCUGGCGCAACAUGGUUGUCCUACAUCACGAGUUCUCCAGCUUCAGAUUUUAAGGCCCGAAAAAAAAAGCAACCGAUACUCACAGACUGCCCUCUUCGACUCCCUGUUAAUCUCUUAUCACGAUCCAUCAUCAUCUCGUCCCAUGAUUCCAGGUUGUAACGAGGGGGCUGAUACGAAUUAAAAAGAAUUACUCAUUAUGUCAUGGACUUAUCAGAGAAGUAAUGAGACAUG